CACGUUAUCAGCUGUCAGAGCCUCUAAGAGUGCGCCGGCUCCAACUGCGCAUGCGUAGGAAGAGGUGGCGGAGGAGAGCGAGCGAGAGAGAGGGGAAGAAGGAGGCUGAUAAUUACAAACAUGAACAAGCUGAAAUCCUCACAGAAGGAUAAAGUUCGCCAGUUCAUGAUCUUCACACAGUCCACUGAAAAGACAGCUUUGAGUUGCCUGUCGCAGAAUGACUGGAAAUUAGAUGUUGCCACAGACAAUUUUUUCCAAAACCCAGAACUGUACUUACAAAGUCUAAAGGGGGUUUUGGAUAGAAAAAAGUUAGAACAGCUCUACAACAGAUACAGAGACCCUCACGACGACAAUAAGAUCGGGAUUGACGGCAUCCAGCAGUUCUGCGACGACCUGGGCCUAGACCCGGCGAGUAUCAGCGUGCUCCUCAUCGCCUGGAAGUUCCGGGCGGCUACACAGUGCGAGUUUUCUAAGCAGGAGUUCAUAGACGGCAUGGCUGGCCAGGGGUGUGACAGUAUAGAGAAAUUAAAAGCACAAUUGCCAAAAAUGGAACAAGAGCUGAAAGACCAAGGGAAAUUUAAAGAUUUUUACCAGUUUACAUUUAACUUUGCAAAGAAUCCAGGACAGAAAGGUCUAGAUUUAGAAAUGGCAAUUGCAUAUUGGAAUUUAGUACUGGCUGGAAGGUUCAAAUUCCUAGACCUUUGGAACACAUUUUUAUUGGAACACCAUAAACGAUCCAUACCGAAAGAUACCUGGAACCUUCUGUUAGAUUUCAGCACAAUGAUAACUGAUGACAUGUCCAAUUAUGAUGAGGAAGGUGUGUUUUUUUUGUCAGCUGUUCUCAUUUACCUUGUUCAUUUUUCCCCAUUGCAUAUAACUGGAAUGUGGUUACAACAUAAAAUGUGAUGCUGAAUAUAACAACAGAAUGGGAUUGUACCAAACUGAGCACUCAGGCAUGUAGCUGGUUAAUGUUCUCUAGUGCGGCGUUUCCAUACUCAGUCUUUGGGGACCCCCAGAGAGUCCGCAUUUUUGCUCCUUCCGAGCUCCCAGCCAAUCAAGACACACCUCUACCAAGUAUUCAGUAGUCUUGAUUGGCUGAGAGCUGGGAGAGAUCAACAAUAUGCACUGGCUGGGGGUCUCCAAGGACUUGUUUCAAAAACACUGCUCUAGUGUAUUCUGAAGACAGUUAAACAGGAUUACUUUAAAGUCUUCCAGGAGCUGGCUACAGACCACGUCUGGCUGUAACCGGCACUCUCCCCGUCCCUUCCAGGAGCGUGGCCUGUCCUUAUCGACGAUUUUGUGGAGUUUGCACGGCCGCAGGUCGGGACAAAAAGCACGACGGUGUAGCGCUGCCACAUCCUUCAAGAACACUGUACAUACUUUGUACAAAUAAUAAUAAUAAUAAAAAAAAAAAAGAAACCGCCGCAGAGAAGCUGGUGAGUGAUUGGCUGGGGACCGGAAGGCACAACCAGCGAUCCCAUCUUACAGACUGCCGAGAUCAAGAUGGGUUGUGAACACGACGCAGAGGACGUGUCUUCAGUUACCUGGGGCAGUCCGGACGUUUAGACUUUAGGGCAUUCUUUCCUGGUCUCUCCAGUUGUGUGGGGGCCACAGCCUGUGGUGGAACACUCCCAUCCCAGUGUUGCGGUCAUGCCCACGUAUGAACAGCAGUGGAGGGGGUCUGUUAAAGAAUGUCAGCGUAGUUUCUUUUUAAUACUCAGAGUACGUUCCUGCUUUCCCUUUCUUGUGUUUUAAUAAACCUUUUGGGUGACAGGCCAGUACGGAAUAUCGAUUUGUAAUAUUGUUUGAAACUUGUCAUUCCAAAUUGACAUGAAGAAUCGUGAGUCUGAGGCAUUCAGUUUUAAUUUGACAUAUCUAAAAGUGACUUUAUGGCUGUGUUUGUCGCUGUACCAUAAUUUGUGCUCGUCUGAACCCUAAGUUUUUGUAAACGCUUUCGUAACUAAAGGUAGUAUCGUGUUUCAGUUUAACUUACUUGGUAUGUACAAAAAAAAUGAAUUUGUAUCUAUUAGGAUAUCAAGUCUACUAAAGAUGACAUCAGCAUACUGUUUUAAUACAGCGUCUGCUGUUAAAUGCACAAAACUGAAAUACCGCCUAUGGAUCAGAAGCAGUGCAUCGGGCCGUCUAAGGCCAGCGUGUCCACACGAGACGGCGCGAACAUGCUGGUUUUAAGUUCUUUUUAAAUGUUUUUCAAGUUUUAUGAAAGAUGAAUAAAACUUGGUUAAGUCGA